UAAAUGUAAAAUGAUAAUAUUAAGGGAUACCAGAAACCCUAGAGUUGCCUUCCGUUUCGCUUCUCAUCUCUUCUUACCACUCCCUUAUCACGGCUACAAAGGCAAAUUGAGAGUGUACCUUUCGUGAGAGAGCUUGUCUUUAACCUUUGUUCGUCUGAAACAUGGCGAAUUUUGCCAAACCGGAGAAUGCAUUGAAGCGUGCUGAUGAAUUGAUCAAUGUUGGACAGAAACAAGAUGCCCUUCAGGCGCUUCAUGAUCUCAUUACUUCCAAGAGAUACAGAGCUUGGCAGAAACCUCUUGAAAAGAUCAUGUUUAAGUAUCUUGAUCUUUGUGUUGACUUGAAGAGAGGUCGAUUCGCCAAGGAUGGAUUGAUCCAGUAUCGUAUUGUUUGCCAGCAAGUGAAUGUCAGUUCCUUGGAGGAAGUUAUCAAGCACUUCCUUCAUCUUGCUACCGAGAAAGCUGAGCAAGCUCGUUCUCAGGCCGAUGCUCUUGAGGAGGCCCUUGAUGUCGAUGACCUUGAAGCUGAUAGAAAGCCUGAGGAUUUGCAGCUGAGUAUUGUCAGUGGGGAGAAGGGGAAAGAUAGAUCUGACCGUGAGUUGGUCACCCCAUGGUUCAAGUUCUUGUGGGAGACGUACAGGACAGUCCUCGAGAUAUUGCGAAACAACUCAAAGUUGGAAGCACUUUAUGCGAUGACAGCACAUAAAGCAUUCCAGUUCUGCAAGCAGUACAAGCGAACAACAGAGUUCCGUAGGCUUUGUGAAAUUAUAAGAAAUCAUUUGGCAAACCUGAACAAGUACAGAGACCAAAGGGAUCGGCCUGACUUAUCAGCCCCUGAGAGCUUGCAGUUGUAUCUGGACACAAGAUUUGAUCAGUUGAAAGUGGCUACCGAGCUUGGACUUUGGCAGGAAGCUUUUCGCUCUGUAGAAGAUAUCUAUGGAUUAAUGUGCAUGGUCAAAAAAACGCCCAAGUCAUCUUUAUUGAUGGUUUAUUAUUCCAAAUUGACUGAGAUCUUCUGGAUCUCUUCUAGCCAUCUUUAUCAUGCGUAUGCGUGGUUUAAGCUGUUUAGUCUGCAGAAAAAUUUCAAUAAGAAUUUAAGCCAAAAGGAUUUGCAGCUAAUAGCAUCAUCUGUUGUCUUGGCGGCAUUGUCCAUUCCACCGUUUGAUCGGGCUCAGAGUGCAUCCCAUAUGGAACUCGAGAAUGAGAAAGAACGCAAUUUGAGGAUGGCCAACCUCAUUGGAUUCAAUCUUGAACCUAAAUUUGAGGGCAGAGAUAUGCUUUCCAGGGCAGCUCUUCUGUCAGAGUUGGUCUCAAGAGGUGUUCUGAGCUGUGCAUCUCAGGAGGUCAAAGAUCUUUUCCAUGUUUUAGAGCAUGAAUUUCAUCCACUUGAUCUUGGCUCUAAGAUUCAGCCUUUGCUGGAAAAGAUCUCCAAAUCUGGUGGGAAACUAUCCUCAGCUCCUUCUUUACCAGAAGUACAACUUUCCCAAUAUGUUCCCUCUCUGGAGAAGCUUGCUACACUGAGGCUACUUCAACAGGUGUCUAGGAUUUAUCAGACCAUAAGAAUUGAGGGUUUAUCUCAGUUGGUACCCUUCUUUGAAUUCUCAGUGGUAGAGAAAAUAUCUGUUGAUGCUGUAAAGAACAAUUUUGUUGCCAUGAAAGUUGAUCACAUGAAAGGUGUUGUAAUUUUUGGAAAUUUGGGUAUUGAGUCUGAUGGACUGAGGGAUCAUUUGGCUGUUUUUGCUGAGUCUUUGAGCAAAGUAAGAGCUAUGCUGUACCCUGUCCCGAGUAAAGCAUCAAAACUUGGUGGCAUACUACCAAAUUUAGCGGAUACUGUUGAGAAAGAACACAAAAGACUGCUUGCUCGGAAAUCAAUCAUUGAAAAGAGGAAGGAAGAUCAAGAGCGUCAGCAACUAGAAAUGGAACGUGAAGAGGAGCAGAAACGGCUUAAGCUUCAGAAGCUAACUGAGGAGGCAGAACAAAAGAGACUUGCAGCAGAGCUUGCAGAGAGAAGGAAACAAAGGAUCCUUAGGGAGAUAGAGGAGAAGGAAUUUGAAGAGGCAAGGUGACAAAACAAACUGUGAUGGAGAGGGCCUUAACUGAGCAGCUCAAGGAAAGGCAAGAAAUGGAGAAGAAGCUCCAAAAACUUGCCAAAACUAUGGAUUAUUUGGAAAGAGCAAAGAGAGAAGAGGCUGCUCCAUUGAUUGAAGCUUCAUAUCAGCGAAGACUGGUAGAGGAAAGAGAAUUUUAUGAGCGCGAACAACAGCGUGAAGUUGAACUGAGUCGAGAGCGUCAUGAGAGUGACUUGAAGGAGAAAAAGAGGUUGUCCAGAAUGUUGGAUAAUAAGGAAAUAUUCCAAGCGCAAGUGAUAAGUCGUCGACAAGCAGAGUUUGACAGAAUAAGGGCAGAGAGAGAGGAGCGUAUCAGCCAAACAAUUCAAGCUAGGAAGCAAGAACGGGAUAUUAAGAGGAAGCAAAUAUAUUAUAUGAAUAUUGAAGAAGAAAGAAUUACAAAGCUGCAGGAAGAAGAGGAAGCUCGCAAGCAGGAAGAAGCUGAGAGGAAGAAAAAGGAAGCAGCUGAACACAAAGCAAAGUUGGAUGAAAUGGCUGAGAAGCAAAAGCAGAGAGAGAGAGAAGCGGAUGAAAAAGAGAAGCUGAGGCGAGAAGCCCUGUCGAGGGGAACUGAUGCACCUGCUCGCCAUGCAGAGCCUACUGUUACUCCUGCUGCUACAGCACCAGCGCCAGCAUCGGCAUCAGGUUCAGGUCCGGGCAAAUAUGUUCCUAAAUGGAAGCGCCAGACUACUGAAGUCUCAUCUCCAACAGCCCCAACAGCAGCACCAACACCGUCAGAACCUGAACGCUGGACCAGCCGUGGACCACCUCCAGCAGAUGACCACUGGGGAAGCAGCAGAGGUGGACCUCCAGCUGAAAGAGGUUGGGGUUCUGGUCCUAGAGGCAGUGACCGCCCAGGUGGUGAUGCUUGGCGCAGCAGUGAUGAACGCCGUUCCACAUAUGGAAGCUCCAGGCCUAGGCCAGCACAGCGUUGAGUCAUAAUAUUUUUUUUUGGUCCCAAUCUCCAUGGAAUGAAUGAAAGGUUAUCUCUGGAUUUCAAAGCACUCUUCUUUAGCCCAAAACCUGUCUUCUUUUGAAGAUUGCUCCGCUUUUAUAUGUUUUAUGAAAGAUUUUAAAACCUGUUAGACUCGUUUUUGCUCUACACAACACCGAGAGAGAGUUGUUCUUUCCUUUGUUGGAUCUUUCAUUGUUUGUCUUGCAACUUUUCUGCUGUAAAAACUUUUGACAUCGAUCAGCCUCUUUUCAUGCAGUCAUUGUCAUUGUUUAUUA